CUCCAGCUUUCCCAACAAGCAGAAGAGCCACGAGGCCCCAUCAGCCAUGAACUCCAACGCGGGCAGCAACCUGACGGAGCUCGACCGACUGCUGCUAGAGCUGAACGCUGUGCAGCAGAGCACGCCCUGCUUCCCCACCACAGAAGAGGCCCCACCCCCUUUGCCAUCCAUCAGCACCACCUACUACAUUCAGGAGAACGGAGGCUCCACCCCUGUCAAGUCAGCUCCGCCCACCACAGAGAAACCCAGCCGCAACGGGGCCCGCAGCGUCGAUGAAGUACGGCCCAGUGUGGAGAGCCUCCUGGAUGAGCUGGAAAGCUCCGUGCCCAGUCCCACGCCCGGAAUCCUGGAGGUGCGGGGCGAGCCCCCAGACGACGGCCAGGAGACCCCUGCCCAGCAGCAAGCCCGGAUCUCCGCCUCAUCCGCCACGAGGGAGCUGGAUGAGCUCAUGGCCUGUCUUUCCGACUUCAAGCCCACUUCACUGGCGUCUCUUGGCAUGGAUUCCAUGCCUGAACAGGCCUUUACCCCCCCUAGUGCCCUUUCUGCCCCCUCGUCUGCCAGCCUAGUCCGUCAGCCUGCCCGCGAUUUGCCCCUCCGUCCCCACCCAGGGUCCCUGGAAUUCUUGCACAUUGAAGAGGAGGGGGUGGUGGAUGUGGAGGGCCCAGCUCUGGCCCCCGCCUCGGCCGCCUCCCGGGGUUCACCACUCUCACGCUCCCCCAUCCCUAGAAGCAAAGAGCCCGAGAGCGAUGCCAUUAUUGACGUUUCGGCCUCCAUGCUGCUCUCCCGCCUGGAGUCGUUGGUGGUUCUUUCAGACUCCGUGGCCCCUGCUCGCACUGUCGCAGGUCCCAGCAACCUUCCCGGUGACGCCGCUCUCUCUAAAAGCCCCGUUGACUCCACAGUUCCCCUUGUUACUAAAGCUUUUAGUGUUCCAGUCUAUCCAGCUGCUAUGAGCCCCAUUUCCCAGCUUGAGUCCUCGCUUCCCGUCGCUUCUCUGAAGUCUCCAGUCCCGCCGGUCUCUUCGAGCGCCGCAUCCCGCACUCCCCCCCCCGUCCCGACUUUUAAGUCUGAGCCCUCACCUGCCCCUGGUGUCUCUGACGCACCAGCAGUCGGCAAGCAGCCAGCGUGUGCAGUGGAGCCCAGGGUAACGCACCCUGCCGCCCAAGAACCCUGGUUGGAUGAGGCCCUGGAUAAGCUGCUGUCUGUGAGCUUUGCAGCCUCGGAGAUGCCGGUGGAGCCGUUGCAGGAGAUACAUGAGGCACCCAUGCUGGCUAUGGACCGGAGGGACGUACUGCCUGAUAUGUACACUGGGACGGAGGGUUUAGAAGCAACCGCGGCGACAGAGUACGGGAGAGAGCUGCUGGACUGGGUGGAGCUGGAGCUAAGGGAUGAGAUGGAUGCGAUGGACACCAGCUGGAUGGACACCUACCCUCCUUCCACGCCGGAAGACCAACUCGAGCUGCCCCUGCUGCAGCCGUCAGCCGUGGAGAGGGUGUCUGCUUCUGGCCACAUCAAGUCUGUGAUCUGCCGUACCAAAGAGACGUCCAACGUGCACCCCAUGUUCCGCGAGGGCCACCCUCGGCGCAAGAUGGGUCCCCUCAUCUUCCACAAGAACAGCUCCCAGGACAAGCUGAUCGAGGAGCUCCAGGGAAAGCUGGGAAUUGGGCGCAAGGAGCGUCGACCGAGGCUGCAGGAUGACUGGCUCACCGAAGGCGUUGUCGUCAUGUCCAGACCUCACCGCACUCGCGAGGAAAGCUCAAGCAUGGAGGUGGAUAAGAUUAUUAUCCCACCAGAAUCUCCUGUUCCACAGAGGAAAGUCCUCCCCCCUCCACAAUCCCCACCACCCCCUCUACACCAACCUCCUAUCGCAGAGCCAAAAAGGCCUCCUCCUGUGAAACAGGCUCAGCUUCCUGUGCCUCCACCUCCACCUCCUCCCCCGUCAUCGGUCCCUCAGCCUCUCCCCCCCAAGCCACCAGCACCGGCUUUGCCCCAGAACUCCCCCAAUCCUUCUAGCCCACCCAGCCCCCCAAAACAGCCCCUGCCACCCCCUUAUGUCCCCAGACCAGCAGAGCCCCCAGUCCCUGUCUCCACAGCCCAGCCUCCUCAUCACCCAUUGGUUCAACCUACUCCUGCUGCCCCCAGGGUCCUGGUGUCCACUGCGGUCCAGACUGAGGAGGACGCUCUGUUUCCUCCAAUGCAGAUCAUGGCCCAGGGGAAAGGUGCAGGAUCCCCAACCGGCAGCAGCGGCGCCCCCCCCAAAGAGGUCAACAAGCUGGACAACAUGCUGGGUAGCCUGCAAUCAGACCUGAACCGGCUGGGAGUGCGGACUCUAGCCAAGGGCGUGUGUGGGGCCUGCAGCAAACCCAUCGCCGGCCAGGUUGUCACGGCGAUGGGCAGGACAUGGCACCCAGAGCACUUUGUGUGCACGCACUGCCAGGAAGAGAUUGGCUCUCGCAAUUUCUUUGAGCGUGAGGGGCAGCCAUACUGCGAGAGGGACUACCACUCCCUGUUCUCGCCCCGCUGCUACUACUGCAACGGCCCCAUCCUGGAUAAAGUGGUAACGGCUCUGGAGAAGACCUGGCACCCUGAGCACUUCUUCUGUGCCCAGUGUGGAGCCUUCUUUGGCCCGGAGGGCUUCCAUGAGAAGGACGGCAAGGCGUACUGCAGGAAGGAUUACUUUGACAUGUUUGCCCCCAAGUGUGGGGGCUGUGCUCGAGCCAUCCUGGAGAACUACAUCUCUGCCCUGAAUGCACUCUGGCACCCGGAGUGCUUUGUGUGCAGGGAGUGCUUCACGCCUUUUGUGAAUGGCAGCUUCUUCGAGCACGAGGGCCAGCCGUACUGUGAGUCGCACUACCACGAGCGGCGCGGCUCGCUGUGCUCCGGCUGCCAGAAGCCAAUCACGGGCCGCUGCAUCACCGCCAUGGGUCGGAAGUUCCACCCCGAGCACUUCGUCUGUGCCUUCUGCCUCAAGCAGCUCAACAAAGGCACCUUCAAGGAGCAGAACGACAAGCCCUACUGUCAGACCUGCUUCGUCAAGCUCUUCAGCUAGAGGGCAGGGAAGCGGGUGGAUGCGUGUACGUGUGCGUGUGUGUGUACCGGCGUGACCCUCUGCAGUGGGCGAGCUGGGGUUACUGUUCAGCAUGGGGGAGCAGGUUUUGUGUCGUCUUGAAAUGUGAGCGCCCUCUACUGGGGAGGGGGGACUGCUCAGAUCCAGUGGGUCAGGAGAUGUUCCAAAGAUCAGGAAUCGAGGAAUUACCAAAAUGACUUAGUUUGCUUUGGAAUGUGAUGGAGGUGGGACAGGUCAGGUGUAGCAGACAGAUGUGGAAAUGCAUCGCGGGCCAGGUGGUCUCUGCUCACUGGUUCAGUGUGUGUGUUGGACACUGGCACUGGUGUUUUAAAUAUUUUGCUCAGUUCAGUUGGACAAAUUAGGUUUUAACUCUGUAGCCCUGUGAUGUCCUGCGAUGUGAUUUAACACUCUCAGCUGAGCCAGUGGAAGCCCUUUAGAAAGCUUCUCGUUGCAUUGUUGGCUUUUGGGAAGAGAGAAAACAAAUGUAGCUAAAAUGAGAUUUGAUGGUCUUGGGGCAGCGGGACACUGAUCGCGUGUAUUUCUGUACCAAGUUCACACACAAACUGGGUGGAAGCUGCCCACCUUAUAGAUGAUGUUGCAACUUCCAGAAGCUCUUCUGAAACCCUUGUUAGUUCUGUCUUUCCAACUGGCCACAUGGUUUGGUCAAUAUGUAAAGGUGAUUCUUUUCUACAAUUUUACUACAGAAUUUAUAAGAAAGAGAAUUAAAUGUAUGCAGAUAUCUAGAAUAAGUGUAAAAGUAUUCAGAUCCAGAUUCUCAGACACAGGCAGGACUACUUGUGUUUUUUCCAGGUGCCAUGCUUUUAAUUCUUUUGGACGUAGAGCACAAGGUCCAUGUUACUUCUUCACCGAAAUCAUAGCAAUAAAAAAGGCUGCUUUCCGACGCUUACUGUCAGCACACCGUCCUCAACAGGGCUGUCUGAUCUCCCCGAAAGUGAGGUGACCCCCUUCUACUUUGUGCUUCCUUUAACAAACUCGUUUGAGCCCUGAGGUCUCGUACCAGUCAGAAAUGUGAAUUUUUAAUAGGGUGGGGUGGGUGCUGUGUCCAUGAUUCGGGAAACAACUCAUCAAAACACAAUAAGUCAGCUUCCUAUGACUACAGUAAGUUCAGCAUAGAGACCGAUCAGAUAUAACAUUAUAUUUUCUGUUAAUACACAUUUUGGAGAACUUUAUAAAAUGCUGUUUUUAUAUAUUCUUGAUGUUCUAUACAGAAUGCAGAACCGAAAUAUAUUAGCUACAGGUGUAAUUUAUGUUUAAUGGAGAACCACUCUUGUGAAUUGGAACCUCGAUUUUACCUUCUGUAGAAACUAAUUGCUGUGGAGAUGGCAGUUAUGUCACUGUACAUGUCUCUCCCAUGAUUCUCUGUUUUCUUGUGGGUAAAUAGAAUAUUUUGUUUUCUAUCUUGCUCUCCUACUGGUAACACAAGGCCAUCCCUGAGCAAUACUGCUGUUUCUUUUUAAUUACACUUUUCUUGUUUUGUGUUGUAAACAAUCUCUGUAUGCUUCAUUUGCCGAGAAUUUUAUGAAGUCUUAAACAUUCAUUCAGGCAUUUAAGUUCCUUUUAAAACAUAAUAAUGAUUGGAGUAUAAUUUAGUCAUAUUCAUUACAGUAAAACUUAAGGGUAUGAAAAAAAUGAAGUACGGUAUGUAUCCUAAACCUUUCUUGAAGCCCAUCUGAAGGUCACAGAAAUAUCCUGCAGACAGUGUGUAAUAUUCAGGUAAAAGCAUUAUGGAAGCGAACUUGAAUCUCUGUUUAUACUUUACUUGUGACCAGUUUAAAUGUUUUUCUAUAUUCGAAGCUUACAAUUGAUACAUCUGAAAUUGCAAUUUCAUAUUAGAAAAAUGGAAACACUCCCCCUUUGAAGUGACUGGCUGACUUGGAGAAUUUUAAUGUGUUUUUUAUACUAAAACCAGGCUGGAAAUAUAAAUCACCGACAGAUUUAGUGCUGUGAAGAAAAGCCAUUACCUAUUUGUAAGUAGCUAAAUAAGCAGUUGUGCCAAAGUUUCAAUGCAAUGUCUAUUACACUGUGUGCAGCUGGCGAGCUGAGCUGCCAGAUUCCUGCUACAAGCGGAUUGGUCAGGCCAUCACGAUGUCAUCAGCAGAAGAGGCCAGUAAUUGGCAGCUUUCCAUUUGGGUCUGUUAAUCCACUGGAAGGCGUGGAGCGGAAGUAGCUUUAAAAGGAUGGGCUGCCUCUUUAAGGCCCUCACGGUGGGCACUCAGCAGCCGCUUUCACUGUAUCAAUGCAGACGGGCAUACUGGCACAUCCGGCCUGCCUCAGAGUGAAUCCGCUAUGUCCGACAUUCAUCGCCAUGCCGGAAAGGACCUGUGGAGGGCCUCAGGCCACACCUGCAUUUUUUCUGAGUGGCUAAGGGAAGAUGCAGUGUGCCAGGGAGCAUCUGCCUGGGUACAAAGACGGCACUCUUUUAUACUGGCCAGCUAGUGAAGGUUUCCAGGUUAAUGUUCCUGCACUGGACAAAUUCCUAAAAAGGUUCUCUAGCUUUAUUUUAUUAAACCAGUUACUUUAGGACUGAUUUAUUUUUUUUGCUUUUAAACUUCCUAUGAUUUCUGGAAUCUAUUUAAAACCUCACCUUUAAACUUAUAUGAAUUACACAGAUUAUCUUGAUUUUUUUUUUCCAUUUAUCUUGCUUAUCAGGCCAAAAGUAAGAGCCUUUUUUAAAUGACAUUCAGUCUGUCAAUUGCGAUCACUGAUUCAUUUAAUUUUCUGUGAUUAACUCAAUAAAAACAAGCUUUUUGGUA